AUGAAGAGGGUAAAUAGUUUUUACUGUUUCUCAAUAUUCUUGGUAAUCUUGUUAGUCAACCAGAGUGUAGCAAAUGUGGUUCAAAAUGAGGCAGUCUCGGGAUCAGAUGAUCAUGCUUCUAAAGAAACAAAGGCUACAAUAGAUGGAAUUGAAGAUUCUAAAGUAGCAGGCUGGCGCCCCGGAGUCCAUGGAUUUCCGUGGUCUGGUCGAGGAGGUUUUCAUGGCCCUGGAGAAGCCUUUCCUUGGGCUGGUGCAGGAGGUCAUCAUGGCCAUGGGGAGGCCUUUCCUUGGGCAGGUGCAAGAGGUCAUCAUGGCCAUGGGGAGGCCUUUCCUUGGGCAGGUGCAGGAGGUCAUCAUGGCCCUGGGGAGGCCUUUCCUUGGGCUGGUGCAGGAGGUCAUCAUCAUGGCCCUGUUCCUGGUGGUUGGUUUCAUUGGGGUCGGUUGCCUUGGGCAGGUGGGGGCGGUCACGGUGGUGCAGGUGGUUAUGGUGGAGGAGCAGGAGGUAAUGGUGGUGCAGGAGGAACACCAGGUACACCAGGAACACCAGGUGGUAAUUGGCUUCCGUGGGGAGGUAGAGGUGUUCCCGGCGGAGGUGAAGGUGGCCAAGGUGGAAUACCUUGGUUCCCUUGGGGAGGUCAAGGCGCCCAUGGUGGAAUACCUGGGACACCAGGUGGUAUUUGGUUCCCCUGGGGAGGUAGAGGUGGCCAUGGUGGAUUUCCUGGAGGAACACCCGGAACACCUGGAACACCCGGAACACCAGGAAGGGGAGGCCAUGGUGGAUUUCCUGGAGGAACACCUGGAACACCGGGAGGCAGGGGUGGUAAUGGAGGCGCUGGAGGGGGUGGUAGGGGUGGCAAUGGAGGCAAUGGAGGUGGUGGUGGUGGUGGUGGAGGUCCAGGUGGCUCACCUGGUUCACCAGGCGGUCCUAAUUGCGGUGGAAAUGGUGGAGGCCCUGGUGGCAGUGCUGGUGGUUGCGGUGGCCGAGGUGGUGCUGGUGGUGGAAGCGGGGGAGGUAGAGGUGGAGGAUGGGGGGUGCGACCUCAGCCAGGAAUACCACACCCUGGCAAUGCAGCAUGCGGAAAUAUGCAAAUAGUGCCUGGUACCCAUGGAUAUACCAUCACUUAUGACUGCGGUAACUGCAAGUACCAGUACACCGUCGAUAACAAUGGCAUGGCGACCGGCGGCAGUGGUAAUUGCUCUUAG